CGCGCGGAGACGCCCCCUAGCCCACCGCCGCCAUGGAUGCCAUCAAGAAGAAGAUGCAGAUGCUGAAGCUGGACAAGGAGAACGCCUUGGACAGAGCCGAGCAAGCCGAAGCAGACAAGAAGGCAGCGGAGGAGAGGAGCAAGCAGCUGGAGGACGAGCUGGUGGCUCUACAAAAGAAGCUGAAAGGCACUGAGGAUGAGCUGGACAAAUACUCCGAGUCCCUUAAAGAUGCACAGGAAAAGUUGGAACUGGCUGACAAAAAGGCCACAGAUGCUGAGAGCGAAGUAGCUUCUCUGAACAGACGCAUCCAGCUGGUUGAGGAAGAGUUGGAUCGGGCUCAGGAGCGCUUGGCUACUGCCCUGCAGAAGCUGGAGGAGGCCGAGAAGGCUGCAGAUGAGAGUGAAAGGGGAAUGAAGGUCAUUGAAAAUAGAGCCCAGAAGGAUGAAGAGAAGAUGGAAAUCCAAGAGAUCCAGCUUAAAGAAGCUAAGCACAUUGCUGAAGAGGCUGACCGCAAGUAUGAAGAGGUGGCUCGUAAGCUUGUGAUCAUUGAGAGUGACCUGGAGCGGGCUGAAGAACGUGCUGAGCUAUCAGAAAGCCAAGUCCGACAGCUGGAAGAACAGUUAAGAAUAAUGGAUCAAACCUUGAAAGCAUUAAUGGCUGCAGAGGAUAAGUACUCGCAGAAAGAAGACAAAUAUGAAGAGGAGAUUAAAGUCCUGACUGACAAACUGAAGGAGGCUGAGACCCGUGCUGAAUUUGCUGAGAGGUCAGUAACCAAGCUGGAGAAGAGCAUCGAUGACCUAGAAGAGAAAGUGGCGCAUGCCAAAGAAGAAAACCUUAGUAUGCAUCAGAUGCUGGAUCAAACUUUACUGGAGUUAAACAACAUGUGAAAACCUUCUUAGCAGCAACCACAUUACUUGUUUUAUUAUUUGUACACCUGCUUGCCGUGAAGCCCCGUAAACAUGCCUUUAUUUUAGUUUCACCACAGUCACAAGAACAUCUGCUGAAUUAUCAGGCAGGGGUCAGGGAAACACCAAAAUGGGCAAGCCGUAUGCGGGUUAAGCUAUAUUACCUUAUGGUUGAAAUGUGCCAUUUCCCAGCAAAAAUGUUACCUACACUUUGUAGAGAGUUCAGCAAUUCGGUCUUUUGAAGAAUCCUGGCUGUGGCAGCAUGUGUCCCACCUCAAGUGCCAACUGCGGUUUUUAACAAGAGUAAUGAUUCGUGUUCAAGAGAGAUCGGGUGGAAAUGGUGCUAUUUUGAACAAAAGGUUCUGCUGAAGUCUUUUGUUUGAUAUCAGACAAGUCAGGAGUUGUCCAGCACAGUAAUUUAUUUUUAGCAGAAUUUUAUUGAUCUGUGAGGAUUUGGACUUUCUGUGCCUCCUAAUUCAAUAAAACGAAGGUAUGUGAGCAACAGAGAGACAUGAAGGCUUCUGGAGGUUUUAAAUUGUGUUCUUGCAACUCAAUACGGAAGUGUAGGUCAGCAUUUCACCUUGAGUAUCAAUUUGAUUGUAUUUUUCAUGUUGAAAUGAAAGAUUCAAUAAAUUCAGGAUAAAACAUAAAUUUGGAAGAGAUUGUUUUAAAAUGUAUUUUAUUUGUGUGGAUUUUGGGGAGGGGGAGGAAUUUAUAAACCGAUAUUCACCUCACUUUUUUUCACACUUUCUUUGAGCAGUUUUACAAAUAACCUGUAUGUAAACAUUGUAUAAUGAUAUGGAAUAAAAUGCACAUUUUAG